GUAGGGACAGUUGGCAAAGCUGGUCAGGUUUAAUUGUGUGUUACCCAGUCUGCUGAUGGAUCAGAUGUACCACAGUGGGGUCAUUACAGUCAGUCAGUAUCUUGAAUACAACAGUUGUGAAGAGAGCAGAAGUGAAUCAAAAAAAGCAAUUGAUUUUAUACAUAGAUGUGACAAACGGUGUCUUGAAUCUCUUUGUAAGAUCAUUCGAACAAGUGAGAGUCACCGCCUUGCAGAUGAGAUAUUAAGCUUGUCCUCUACGAGCGAGGAAGCAUCGGUGUCGUCUUUUCAGGAAUCACUUAGCAGUCCACGAGAGUUCAGUUUACCUUUCUCUGGUUUCUACCAACACUCUGUUCAAAUUUACAUUGAUGAACAGUGUCAAAGUGUUGUUAGAGUGUACCGUAAAAACUUGUUGGAUUUGUUUGAAGUAAAGUUUGGUAUUCAAAAAGAGCAGUGGAAAGUGGAUAGAAAUAUGAGCUCUUUAAUACAGAGCGGUCAAGGCGUGCACGGAAGCGAAACUACAAUAGUUUUGGUUUGUCAGAGUUACAAAAGAAUCGCAAUUGAAAUGGAACACUCUUCCUAUGACAACACGUCUGCGCAAGUCAAAGCAAAAGCUUUAAAAAUGGUGUUGAGUACAACGCUAGAUACGUCUUCUGACUCUGUGAAGAUAUGCGAUGCUUUCGAGGGGUCCACAACGUGGAUAUCUAUUUCAUUACCUCUUGAAUUUGUUUUUAAGUUGAUGACCAGUGUCCUUGAUGUCUUUCAGUCAAAGGCAUUAGACAGAAACCUGUCGCUCUUUCUUCCAAAAUCAACAUCUGCCCGCAUGCACGUUGGAGGGCUGCCAUCCUUGUCACUGCGUCCUAUCCGUCAUCUAGGUGGUGACUGGUCUAAUACCGGGGCAGCCAUCGCCAUACCCGGAUGUGUGAGGCACAUGCUUGUGUGCAGAUCAUCAGGUGCAUGUCUCGUCAAUAUUGAAUCUAAUGAAGUGGAGGAAGCGGUGGGAGACAAUUUGGAUGUUCUAAGGGAUUGUACGGCUCUGGUCAGUGUUGGAGACAAGAUGUACGCAUUUGCAAGUAGAUUAUACGAAGUGACGUACAAACCUCUCUAUUCCUCAUUUCAAUGCAUACAACUAGGAGACGAAGAUUGGAGUGGGACAAUCGCCGCUUGUCGAUAUGAAAACGCUAUUCUUGCUGUUCGGACAAGAAAACUGAUAUUUGGUUUACUACCCCGCAAAAAUUUUUAUUACGUUGAUGUCAAUACGAGAGCAGCCCAGGUUCUAUCAGCAUUCAACCAACCUUGGCGUCGAGCCAGAGCUCUUGUCAAUAUAGUAGACAACAGAGGUAAAGAACACAUAAUUGCUAUAUGUGGUUCCUUGUGGAAGAUAGACAUCAAGGUGCAAAGCGGGGUCGUCACGGACAUCUCUAGUACGGAAACCAGAUUUCCCAUUGCAUCAGCUAUGCAACAAACGGUAUUAAACCCAUCACUUGUGGAUUCUUUUCUAUCUGUGGUUGAAGCUGGCAUCAACCUGUUUAACUCUUUUCCUGGUCCUGCAUGGCAAUGUACACGAUCAGCAGCUGUUCACAAAAAUAUGCUUUAUGUUGCGACUGGCAAGGAUCAUUUACCAGGAAACGCAGUCGGUCUUUUCCGAGUCGAUCCGUUUUCUGGGAAAUAUUCGACGGUCUAUAGACGCUGGCACACUAUUCGGACGGUUGUGGAUGUGAACAGAUAUCUAGUGGUAUUUACCACUAAUAAACUCUAUGUAGUAGAUGUAGACUAA